CAUCUUCAUUUCAAACUAUUGAUUAGGGCAUAAAAUAGUUGGGAGAUCUAUGGUGCUAACUCGUUGCUGUCGAUAGCUUCCCUGUUGUCAGUGACUCAGUUUGUGGUGGUGGUGGGUGGGGGUUAUAGCUAAAACAUUACUGCCAAACAGCUUCAUGUACAUGUGGAAGUCAAUGCACCAGUACCAUGAAGUUCAGAACCACAUUGUGCAACAAGUAAGUGGCCUUGUAAACAGAUCUGGAAAAGGUGACUCUACUUCUGAACUGCAUAGGCUGGCAACCCGUGAUCUGGAGUCUGCUGUCUCCGCCUGGCAUUCUAGUUUCUACCGCCUGAUAAAAUUUCAAAGGGACUUUAUUCGUUCCCUCCAUGGCUGGUUCAAGCUCACCCUUAUCCCUAUAAGCAACGACAAUGUUGCUGGCAGCAGGGAACCCUCUACUGUAUUUGCCUUUUGUGAUGAGUGGAAGCUUGCUCUUGACCGAGUUCCUGAUACAGUUGCUUCAGAAGCGAUCAAGAGCUUUAUCAAUGUUGUUCAUGUGAUAUCCGUUAAGCAAACUGAGGAGCUCAAGAUUAAAAAGCGAACUGAAACUUUAUCAAAGGAGCUUGAGAAGAAGGCUUCAUCCCUUCGGAGCAUAGAAAGGAAAUACUACCACUCAUACUCUAUGGUAGGUAUCGGCGUUCCUGAUACCGGACCUGAUAAUGGACAGGUUCUAGAUGCUCGGGACCCUCUUUCAGAUAAGAAAUCAGAGCUUGCAGCCUGCCAAAGGCGGGUGGAAGAUGAAAUGCUGAGGCAUUCCAAGGCAGUUGAGGUGACAAGAGCAAUGACACUGAAUAAUCUCCAAACAGGCUUGCCAUGGGUUUUCCAAGCAUUAACCAGUUUCUCUGUCUUAUUUACCGAGGCACUCAACACAGUUUGCACCCGUUCCUAUGCUAUAAAAUAGAUGGAUAAUUCUUUAUUCUGGUUUCAUUUUUGAGGCAAGUCAAAGAUUCAUAAGAGCUGAGAUUUUUUUGGCUGUGAGCUCUUAUAGGUGAGAUGUCUCUUUCGUGUGACAAAUGAAAACGAUGAUUCAUGAACAGCAGCUAACUUUGGUGCACUUCAGCUCCUGUUUUGCUCAACCAAAACCAUGUCUGUUCAUCUGACUGCCUCUCUUUUGUUUUCAAGUUAUUGUUGGUAAAUUCAUUUACAUAGAAUAUGUCUUCUAUUUUGUUGCUUUUCUCCAAGGCCAAACAAGAAAAUUGUUGUCAUUGG